CAGAAGAGGGCAUUCCGGUCCUGCCUGACAAAAGUUGCUUUGACACGCGAGGCGUGAUUAACAUCGGCGUCGUGUCGUGUUCUUCCCAAAAUCGACGUGCGCGCGGCGAGAGCGCAAGGAACAUUUGGACAGAGACGAGAGGGAAGGACAUCUUUUUUUGUUGUUGUUGGGGGGUUGGGGCGGGGGGGGUUUCUGCGACGAGACUCGCCUGACAAGCGUUUCGCACACGGACUUGUGGAUAACCUUCCCCUUUACUUUCCGCCCCCCCCCCCUCUGUGCUGUGCGCCAUGCGCGGAUCACACUGAGCAUCCUGUAGGAAGCCGGGGGGGGGUUUGGCUCGGGAGAGGAAUCUAAGGGCUGCUCGACUCCUUUUGGAAAAUUACGUCUCGUUUUUCUGCCUUUUUUUUAAAUUCAUUUUUGCAUCGUGCAACCGCAUUUUAAGUUUUGGCACGGGAUCUUUGCUCUGCGGAAUCUCCGUGACUGUCAUGAUCUGGCUUGGAUGAGGUUCCGUUAUCGCCUGCGCCUGCUGCAGUGCUCGUUUUUGGCUGUAACUUGAAAAAGAGAGAGAGAGAGAACGAUUCUUCUGCUGCUGCGAAGAGAUGGAUAGGGAGUAAAAAAAAAAAAGACCGGAUUGCUUUUGGUUGUUUUUUUGUCCUUUUAAAAUCUGGAAUUUUGGAAGUAAAUGACAUUCGCCCCGGUGCCGCUGUGCGCGGGUAGAUGCAGGACUCAACCGGAUAGCGCAUUCGGGUCCGGGAGAGUGAAAGGGGGCAGGUGCGCGCUCGGAGUCGACGACUGCGCGGAUGAGACCGGGCUAGUGGAUUAGGACGGCACCUGUGUGUGUGUGUGUGUGUGUGUGUCUGUGUGUGUGUGUGUGUGUGUGCGUGUGUGGAGAGCGCGCGGCGCGGCGCGUCAUGCGGACUCGGAUGUCGCGCACCAGAAGCCAUUAAAACCUGUAGGCUGGAGCUGACAGAUACGCGGAUAUGGGCUCUGCUCUGCGGCAUCGCUGGCUAGUGGUCCAGCUCCUGAUGCAAGUGUGGCUGGCAGCAAAUCCAUCUUUGAGUGAGCGCCCAUGCCCCAAAAGCUGUCGGUGUGAUGGAAAAAUUGUCUACUGUGAGUCGAGCGCCUUUCGCGAUGUUCCUAAGAACCUCUCAGGAGGCUGUGAAGGCCUGUCUUUACGGUACAACAGCCUCGCCAGUCUUCGCGCUGGCCAGUUUGUUGGGCUCAACCAUCUUAUCUGGCUCUACUUGGACCACAAUUACAUUGCCACUGUGGAUGGACUGGCUUUCCAGGGGGUCCGCAGGCUUAAAGAGCUGAUUUUGAGCUCCAACAAGAUCACAUCCCUCCACAACACCACAUUCCACCCAGUCCCUAAUUUGCGAAAUCUGGACCUGUCAUACAACAAACUGCAAGGUUUGCAGCCUGGGCAGUUUCAGGGCCUGCGGAAGCUUCUCAGUCUCCACAUACGCUCAAACUCUCUAAAAACUGUUCCAGUGCGUCUGUUCCAAGAUUGCAGAAAUCUUGAGUUCCUGGAUCUGGGUUACAACCGCCUGCGCAGUAUCACUCGGAAUGCUUUUUCAGGCCUGGUCAAGCUCACUGAGCUGCAUCUGGAGCAUAACCAGUUCUCAAAAAUAAAUUUCUCUCACUUCCCUCGCCUCUACAAUCUUAGGGCACUUUAUCUGCAGUGGAAUCGCAUUCGCUCAAUGAGCCAGGGCCUGACUUGGACCUGGGCCUCCAUCCAGAAACUGGAUUUGUCUGGUAAUGAUCUGAUGGAAGUAGAUGCUGUGGUUUACCAAUGCCUACCCAACCUGCAGACGCUCAACCUUGACUCCAACAAGCUGACCAAUGUUUCCCAGGACGUGGUUGAUGCCUGGAUCUCUAUAGCUACGAUUAGUUUAGCUGGGAAUGUAUGGGACUGUGGCCCUGCCAUCUGUCCUUUGGUGGGCUGGCUGAGAAAAUUUAGAGGAGCGAAGGAGACUACGAUGAUCUGUGCUUCCCCCAAGAAAGCCCAGGGUGAGAAAGUGAUGGAUGCUGUUGAUGCUUUUGGUGUUUGUCAAUCGAACCCAGGGACAACGCUCACUGUGAGUAUCGCUCCAACCUCAUACAAUCUCCCUGUGCAGACUGAGCAUCGGCCGGCCAUUCUGGCUUCACCUACUGGUUCUGGAAAGAGAGGAGAUGGAUCUGUCAGGGGCCCCACGUUCUCAGCUGUUACCCCACCUGUGGCACUUCCCCCAGAGCAAGACUUGGAGCCUGUGUCCUUCCACAAGAUUGUGGCUGGAAGCGUCGCCCUUUUUCUGUCUGUUGCAAUGAUCCUGUUGGUAAUCUACGUGUCUUGGAAGCGCUAUCCAAGCAGUGUCAAGCAGCUGCAGGAGCAUUCGGCAGCAGCCCGCAAGCGGCGCAAGAAAGCUCGGGAGACAGAGCGCACCCUGAGCUCUCCACUGCAGGAGUACUAUGUGGACUACAAGCCCACCAAUUCCGAGGCCAUGGAUGUGCUUGUCAAUGGGACAGGACCCUGCACCUAUACAAUCUCAGGCUCCCGAGAAUGCGAGGUCCCGCACCAGAUGGGUGCGCUGACCUUCUACCGCUACGAGCAGCCCAUCGUAGACUACUGCCAGGCCCAUCAACCCCUGCGGCUCAACAUGGGCUAUGAGGGGCCCCCACAGGGCCUGGAGGACCUGGGGCCGUGUGAUAGGGGCACCAUACAGACAGUGGCGCUGCCGGCCGUGCCCUCCGCCGCCGGCCUCGGUGCCCCUAUGCCAGGGCCCCGCUCCCCUCCGCCGCCCCUCAGACCACCGACCGACGGUCCCGGCGGCGGCGGCGGCCCCUUCCCCGCCGCCGAGCGCACCGGCACGCUCAAAUUCGGACGCUAG